AUGGGAGAAACAAUUACUAAUUUAGAAGAAGAGUUAAACGAAGUGAGGAAAGAGCACGAGAAAUAUCAAAAGAACCGAAUGAGAGGGUGUGGAGAAAAAGCAAGAAAACAAGGUAUAAGGUAUACAAUAGGAGAAAAGAUGAAAGUAGGGAUAAUGGAAGAAUUUAUAGAAAAGAAAAAAAGAACAGCGGACAUAGUAAGAAAAAUGGAAAUGAUAGGAUGUAAUAAGGAAAUAGUAAAGAAGGAAGAAAAGAAAGAGGAAAAGAAAAAAAUGAAUAAAAAUGCAUUACUGAUAGAGCAAGUAAUUCAGACUACAGACAUAGAAGAAAUAAAAGAUAAAGAAGAACCAGGAAAAGAAUCUAUUGAAAUAUCAGAUGAAUUUUUACAAGAAAUACUAGGGGAGAAAGAAGAAAGAGAAGAGCAUAAAAUAUAUGAAAACAUUGACAUGAAUGAAGAACUAGAAGAGAUUAAAAUGGAUGAAGAAGAAGUAAAAGAAAAUAAACCGAAUAAAGAAAUAGAAGAAGUUAAAGAAAUUGGUAUGAAUGAAGAAAAUAAAGUUAAAGAGGAAGAAAUUAAAAUUAGUUUAAUGGAAAUAAAUGAGGAAGAGAAAGAAAUGAUUAAUUUGGUGAAUGAAGAAGAGAUAAUAUUUGAAGGAAAAGAACAAAAAGAACAAGAAAUUAUUUCAAUCGAAGAUGAAAUAGGAAGUGUUGAUGAAAUAAUUGAAAGAAUGGAAGAAGAAGAAAAAGAAAGAGAAAAAGAAAUAAAAGAACUUGAAGGAGGAGAUGAACAGAAAGAAGUAGAAAUGUUAGAACAAGAUGAAAUGUUUAAAUAUCUUUCAAAAAAAGGAAAAGAAGAACUUGAACAUAUUAAAGAGUACCUUCAGAAAAGAAUUGAGCUAAUAGAAAAAGAUAUUGAAAAAGAUAUUGAAGAAGGAAAAGAUCAAGAGAAAGACGAAAAGGUAGAAAAGAAAAAUAAAGAAAAUGAAGAAAUGAGAAAGAUAGAAUUAAUAAUAAAAAAAGGAAAAUAUUAUCAUCAAGAAGAAAAUAACAAUAACGAAGAAGAAGAAGAUAUUAAAGAAGAAAUAAAUAAUAAUAAAGAAGGAGAGGUAGAAGAAAUUAGAUAUAAAGAAAUAAGUGAAGGGGGAAAAUAUUAUGUAUGGAAAUUAGGAGAAUUUUUAAAAAAGAAUCCAGGAGUACAAAAAUAUAAAGAGAAAAAAGACAAAAGAGUCAAUGGGAUAAAAAAAUUUGCAAGUAUAGACAGUGACUGGGAAAAACAAGAAUUUUCAUGGAAAGAAAAUAUUAAAAAAUGUAAUAAUGCAGUAUUUGGGAAUGACUCAUUUAGACCAAGUCAAGAAGCAAUAAUUAAUUGUGUGAUGUCAAGAAAUAAUGCACUGGUUCUUAUGCCAACAGGAGGUGGGAAGUCGUUGUGUUAUCAAUUACCAUCAUAUUUUAUUAAAGGAAUUACAGUAGUUGUAUCACCACUAGUUUCCUUAAUCCAAGACCAAGUUAGUAACUUAGUAGAAACGGGAAUGGAAGCAAUAGCAUUUUAUAGUGGAUCAUCAAGUGAAGAAGCUAAACAAUUUUAUAAAGAAAGUUAUCAAAAAGAAGGAAAAUGUACAAUUAAAUUUGUAUUUGUUACACCAGAAAGAAUUACACAAUCUAAAUCAUUUAAAGAAGCAUUAAAUAGGUAUUAUGAAAAUAACAAUUUUGGAAUGGUUGUUAUUGAUGAAGCACAUUGUAUUAGUCAAUGGGGACAUGAUUUUAGAGAUUCAUAUCAAAAAUUAAGUGUAUUUUCACAAGAAUAUCCAGGAAUACCAAUAUUAAUGUUAACCGCAACAGCAACAGAAAGAGUUAAAAAUGAUAUAUUAUUAUCACUUGGAAUAAAUGAAGCAGUAGUUUUUAGUCAAUCAUUUAAUAGAAAAAAUCUUACUUAUUGUGUUAGACCAAAAACAAAAGGAGUCAUUGAUGAAAUAGAAGAAAUGAUUAAAAGAAAAUAUAAAGGACAAAGUGGAAUUAUUUAUUGUUUAAGUCAAAAAAAUACAAUGGAUGUUGCACAAGAAUUAAAUAAAAGAGGGAUUAAAAGUAAAUAUUAUCAUGCAGGAAUGGAUACAAAAGAAAGAACAAAAGUACAAAAAGAAUGGUGUGAUGGAGAGUUUAAUGUUAUUUGUGCAACAAUUGCAUUUGGAAUGGGAAUAGAUAAACCUGAUGUUAGAUUUGUUAUUCAUCAUAGUUUACCAAAAAGUUUAGAAGGAUAUUAUCAAGAAAGUGGAAGAGCAGGAAGAGAUGGAGAACCUGCAGAUUGUAUAUUAUAUUAUAAUUAUAGAGAUAAAUAUACCUAUGAAAGAUUUUUUGAAAAAGAUAAAGAAAAUAAUGGAGAUUUAUCACAUAUUCAAACAGCAAGAAAUAAUUUAAAUGAAGUAAUUAGUUAUUGUGAAAAUACAGUUGAUUGUAGAAGAACACUCGUUUUACAAUAUUUUGGAGAAAUUUUUAAUAGUAAAUUAUGUAAUAAAACAUGUGAUAAUUGUUAUAAUCCAUCACCAACAGAAAUUAUUGAUAUGACAGAAUUAGGAAAAAUAGCAGUUGAAAUUGUUAAAGCACAUCAAAGAAUUACAGCAAAUAUGGUAAUUGGAAUUAUGAGAGGAACAUCAACAAUGGGAAAAAAAUUUGGAGAAACAAGUAAAGGAUUUAAAAGUGCAAAAGGAAAAACAGAACAAGUUAUGGAAAGAUUUAUGAAAGUAUUAUAUCUUGAAAGAGUAUUAUCAGAAAUGUUAAUUGCUAAUAGUCACGGAAAUAUUUCAGUUUAUUUAAAAGAAGGACCAAAAUGUAAAGAGUUAAUGGAAGGAAGAAUUAAAAUUAAAGUUAAAUGUAAAAAAGGGGCUAAUCAGAUAGUAGAAAUUAAUAAUGGAAUUAAAAUGUCAGAAUACCAAAAUAGUUUAAUGGAUAAAUUAAAUGAAUUAAGAGAUCAAAUAUUUGAAGAAGUUAGAAAACAACCAGGAAAAGAACAACUAUUAAAACAUAAUUUAUUUGGUACUAGAGUUUUAAAAAAAAUUGCAGCUAUUAUGCCAAGAAAUAAACAAGAAUUUGAACAAAUUGCAAUGAAAAGACUUCUUAAAGAAAAGUAUGCUGAAAGAUUUAUUUCUGUUGUUAAUAAUUUUAUUAGUCAACACUCUUCUAAUUCUAUUAACACUUCUUCUUUUAAUCCUAUUAAAAGAACUAAUCCUAUUAAAAUUGAUCUUAACAGAAAAUCUGGAAUAAGAGAUAACUCUGACGAAUCAAUUUUUGAUGGAAUUGAUUUAGAUGAAUUUGCUGAUGAUGAUAAUAAUGUUACUUCUUAUAAUAAUCUCGAAAUGAAUAAUCAUACUAUUCCAUCUAAAAAAACUUCUAAAAAAUCUAUUAAAAAAUCUAUUAAAAAAGCUUCUAAAAAGUCAAUUAAAAAAGCUUCUAAAAAAUCAAUUAAUUCUUCUUCUAAUGGAAUUCAACCUAUGCUUUAA